UUGUGUCCGGUUUCAGUUCGAAACCGAAUGGGCAAGUCUGGAUCAAACACUCCCCGAGUAGCUUUAACAAACGUUACGGGGCGAAAGGCUGUGACAGCCAAUCAGAAACAGCCACGUUGCAGGCCUACGUAUAUGCAUAUACAGGUGAUCCCUUCUCUGCUCCUCCAAAACCCUUUCCCUUUCUUCUUCGUCGCGGACGCUGAGAUAUCGCUGAGACAUCGCAAGCAGCCGUUCGAAUUUUCAGUUGAGAAUAAAGAGGUGAUAAAGAAUGAUAAAGAGGAGGUUCUACAGGUAUGAACAUGGUGAUAAGGAUGCUCCCUCUGAAUCUUCUUCAUCUGACUCUGAAGUGGAGGUAGAGGCCACUGAUGAAACAGAAUAUGAAGAAGAAGAAGAAGAGGAGGAGGAGGAGAAUGAAAAUGCUGUUGUAAGGCGAAAGGGAGAAACUUCUUCUUCUGGUUACGAGAGCGAGGAUAGUUCAGCAAAUGAAGUCAAUCUUGAUUCAUCAGGUAUGGCCUCGAGUGAUGAUGAUGUUGGAGCUCAAAAUGGUGCUGGAGCUUUUGCUACUGAUGAAGUCGAAAAUGUGUUUGAGAAAGCACCGCAGAGUCCCGAAAAAGAUGAGAGCCCCUUCGAUGUGAAAGAUUGUGUCGUAAAAUGCAAAUCAGUGUUCAAGUGCAGGCUCUGCCCUAGGAUUGUCUGCUUGUCCGAGGAGACACUAAAGGCUCAUCUAAGCUCCAAGCGGCAUGCCCGGUCUGAGAAAUUAUAUAAAGAAGGGAGGCUUAAGGUUAUGCUCAACAGUGAGGGGCGGAUCGAGGGUGAGAUUCAUCAUGAUAAUGAUGAUACUAGUACUGUUUCUACGAAGAGCCCAACUAAAUCAAAGAAAAAAGGCAAAGGGCAAUGGAAACAGAGGAAGAGAUCAAAACAGGAUACAAGAUCGGGUAAAGCGAGGCCAUCAUCAGAGAAACGAGGGAAGAGGCAGAAGAACGAAUGAUGGUGAUGACAACGAGUAUUCUGCCUUCCGAUUUUUGUAAUAGGUAAAUUUUGUGCAAGACAAGAAACUAAAUACAAUCAGACAAUCUUUGCUUUUCUCUGAUUAUGUUUUCAAUUUUGCCCGAAUCCUAAAUGAGUUUAAGCCUUAUGAUACACAAAAUUUGAAAUCA